GAUUUUAGAAUGUUCCUAAAUAUAGAAAUGAUUAACGAAACAUAUCUUUUAUAAACGACAAAAAAUAAUUAUCUUAAUUGUAAUAAUCUUCCUCUUUUCUUCGUUUAAUUUUCUCUGUCAACAUGGUUUAUACCAUACCUUUAUUAGUUGAAGAAAAAAUUUCUUCUCGUGCUAAAGAAUUAAUUAAAAAAUUGGAUAAUUUUGUUGAGAAUGAAUGUGUUCCAGUAGAACAAAUUUUUCAUGAACAAAUUGGUAAAGGAGAAGAUCGAUGGAAGAUCGUUCCACCAAUUAUCGAAGAGCUUAAAAAGAAAGCUCGAUCACUAGGACUUUGGAAUCUAUUUCUUUCUAAGCAUUAUCGUGAAGGAGCUGGAUUAACCAAUCUCGAAUAUGCUCUCAUGGCCGAAAUUACCGGUAGAUCACUCCGUAUUGCUCCAGAGGCAAUAAAUUGUUCGGCUCCCGAUACUGGAAAUAUGGAAGUAUUUGCAAAAUAUGGAACACCUGCACAAAAAGCAAAAUGGUUAACUCCAUUAUUAAAUGGUGAAAUUCGUUCAGCAUUUGCAAUGACUGAAAAGAAUAUUGCUUCAUCAGAUGCGACAAAUAUCGCAACUUCAAUUAUUCGUGUUAAUAAUGAAUAUGUUAUUAAUGGGCACAAAUGGUGGAUUUCUGGAGCUGGUGAUCCUAGAUGUGCAGUAUUUCUUGUUAUGGGUAAAUCUGAUCCCAAAAAUAAGAGUAAACAUAAGCAACAAAGUUUGAUAAUAGUUCCAAGAGAUACACCUGGAAUAACUAUUGUUAGACCUCUUACAGUUUUCGGUUAUGAUGAUGCUCCCGAAGGACAUUGCGAGAUUAUAUUUAAAGAUGUCAGAGUACCAGUUGAGAAUAUUAUUUUAGGUGAAGGAAGAGGCUUUGAAGUUAUUCAAGGGAGAUUGGGUCCUGGCAGAAUUCAUCAUUGUAUGAGAUCAAUUGGGGCAGCCGAACGUGGCCUUGAUCUAAUGCUUGUUCGUGUUACGGAUCCUUCCCGCCGCACUUUUGGAAAACUUUUGGCGGAGCAUGGAACCAUUGUUUCUGAUAUUGCAAAAUCACGUAUGAUUAUUGAUCAGGCUAGAUUCCUUGUCCUUAAUGCCGCGGAUAUGAUCGAUAAAGUAGGCGCAAAGAACGCUUUGAAAGAAAUUGGAAUGGCAAAGGCCAUAAUACCAUCUAUGUUACUAGAAGUUCUUGAUCGUUCAAUUCAAGCUCACGGUGCUGGUGGUUUAAGUGAAGAUUUUCCACUUGCCUCUAUGUAUGCUGCGGGACGCACAUUAAGAUUUGCAGAUGGUCCAGAUGAAGUACAUAUACAACAAAUUGGAAGAUUGGAAUUGAGAAGAGCCGAAAAAAUUAGAACAUCUAUUGAAAAAAUUAAAUCUAAAUUGUAGAAAAAAAAGUACAAUUUUCAUUUACUAUGGUUAAAUCAUGUGAUGUGCAUUGCUUCAGACACAAUAUAUAAUUGUUGUAAAUAUUAGCGAUACAUCCAAAUUGGUUUGAAUCGAAAAUUCAUAAGAAAAAAAAAUUAUAUAUAUAUUGUGGUGUUAAAAUCAUCGAUAACAAAGAUGAGAGGAGGAUAAAUAUCACUAAUUUAUUAGCGG